AUGUCCAAACAGAUAAUUCUGAUCACUGGUGCAAACCGUGGCAUUGGCAACGGCCUUGUCGCUGUAUUUCUCCAGCAACCCGAUACGACUGUAAUUGCCGCUGUUCGUGAUCCAACCCAUAUAUCUUCAACACAGCUCCUGGAUCUUCCCGCAUCUUCAACAUCUCGCGUCAUAGUUAUUCAACUCGAUUCGGCUGAUGAGUCGGGAGCUUCUGCUGCCGUUGAAAUUCUUCAAAAUAAACACUCCAUUAAUUCCUUGGACGUGGUCAUUGCGAACGCCGGGAUUAAACACUCGGGAAAGCCUGUCGUGGACAACCUCAUAGACACGGUCAAAGAACAUUUUGCCGUGAAUACCCUCGGCCCGUUGCUGCUCUACCAAGCCACCGCACCACUUCUUAAGACGAGCACCAGUGGCUGUCCAAAGUUCAUUGCCAUCUCAUCCAACACAGGCAGUAUUGCCGGUAUGGAUAUAAUGGCCGGCCUUUCUGACACCAGUCCUUAUGGUGGUAGCAAAGCGGCAUUGAAUUGGUUCAUGAGAAGAAUCCAUUUUGAUGAGGACUGGCUCACUAGCUUUGUCCUCAAUCCAGGCUUUGUCAUGACCGAUAUGGUUAUGGAGACUAUGAAGGAUUAUCCAGUGAACCCCCAGGACCUGGGUGCCAUCACGGUAGAAGAGAGUGCCAAGGGGCUGAUGGAGAGAGUUCAGUCUGCUACUAGAAAAGACGUCGGUGGUACUUUUCUCAACUUUGAUGGCCAGAAGAUUCCAUGGUGA